AACAAGGGAAUUCGGUUUUCUCCAUCGAGUUUUAAAGACUACAGCAAAAUAGCUAGUCAUGCUUCAUCACCAAAAAAACACAGAGUGUUUGCUUUUCAUCUUCAUAUAUUUUGGGUACUUUUAUCUUACAUUGACUCAGGAUAAUUUACAAACAUCGUUCACAAAAGUUCCAUUCAAAUCGCUGGAGGGAAACUCGACCCAACAUAUUUUGGUUUCCAGUAUUUUAAGAUGUUGUUGGAAGUGCCAGCGUUUGCCAGAGUGCUUCUCUUUGAACUUCUCUCACCAGCCCAAGCAAAAUGGCUUGUAUGAAUGCGUUUUGCUUAGCAGCAAUGAAAACCAGUCUGGUAGACUCUUGAAACCUUCUGAUGCUUAUCAUCACUAUAUUCGAUUGCAAGCAUCGAAGCUGUUACCCGCCAUCCCCGACCGUGAGGAAGCUGAGAAAAGUUGGUUAAAGAUUAACUCAUGUCCUGUGUGUUUCGGAGCAAAGAAUUCUUCAUAUGGACGAUUUGACCUCAAACAAAAUGGAACAAUCACCACCGUCAAGCUGGUGCAUCUCUUUGGAUAUGUCACGUGCAAUUAUAAACACCAAUCAGCGAGUAGCAAUUGGGGAUGUGGGGCUUACGUCAGCGGUGCGAACAAAACAUUUCCUGACAAACUUUUGACRAUAAUCACCAAUGACAAAAACCAGAAGAUUUUACCGCAAGAUGAAUAUAUUGAAAAACCUAAUAUCCUAGCAUACGUUCUUCCUGGGGAAUUUACUUCUCAGUCUCCUGAACUGAUUUUUCCAAAUUUCACUACUCCAAUGAAGGUGGCCGCUGGUCAAGAGUAUCGCAUCUGGUACGGACAGGAUCUUCUAGACGUUUUCGAAGACAAGAAUAAUGGGACUGCAUGUGCUGAUGUGUAUAUGUAUGGAUGGUUUGGUUAGAGUUCUACUAUAGCCGAAGAGGCCCAUGACAGCUGAUAUAUGUAUAUGGAUGUGUUGAUACGGCGUAUAUGUAUGGGUGGUUUGGUUAGAGUUCUACUAUAGCUGAAGAGACCCAUGACAGCUGACAUAUGUAUAUGGAUGUGUUGAUACAGUGUAUAUGUAUGGGUGGUUUGGUUAGAG